AUGAAACUUCUCUCCGCCAACUAUUUUUGCUUAGCUAUUGAUUUCCGAGGCUGGGGAUCCUCCACCGGCACACAAGAUCCAGAUGCGUAUCAUAUCCGGGACCUCUCCAAAGAUAUUUUUACUCUUAUUCCCCAACUCCUACCCCCAGAUCAGUCUUUCAUUCUGAUCGGCCAUUCAAUGGGUGGAAAAGUUGCUAUGCAUCUCUCUUUUGCAAUUGAAACGCUUCCUCCUACAAGGUCUUUUCCUAAACUCCGAGGUCUCGUACUUCUUGCGCCCGCUCCUCCUACGUCUUUGGUUCUUCCCGAGGAAAUGGCAAAGCAGCAAUUGACUGCUUUUGAUACUAUUGAAGCUGCUAAUUUUACUGUUACUCACAUCCUGUCCACUACGCCUCUUCCUGAUCAUGUGGUCGGUAGUCUAGUGACCAAUGCGGUAACUUGCAAUCAGUGUGCGAAACCAGCGUGGCCGGAAUAUGGAAUGAAGGAGGACAUAUUGGAAGAGUCAAGGAUGAUCACUGUGCCAACGUUGGUACUUGCUGGUGGGGACGAUAAGGUUGAAACGUUAGAGAGAGUGAAAGAAACACUGGACAAUCUAAGUGGGGUAGUGGAGAAGAGAAAGACAUUGAUAGUCUUGGAUGGGGUGGGACAUCUGAUGAUGUUGGAGGCUCCGAACGAGGUGAGUGGUGAGAUUGUGGGGUUUGUUGGAAAAGUUAUGCGUGAGAUGGCCCAGCCCAAGGAUCAAACACAAGCUCGUGGUUCAACGAGUGGCAUAUAUUGUCAUUGA